GUAACAGCAUAUUUGCCUUCCUGUGCAGUUGAGAGUGUCACAACAAAGCGUCAGCCAGCAUGAGAGCUCUCGUCCUGCUUGUGUGCCUGACGGCGUGCUGCCUGGCUCAGAGACCACAGCAAUGCAAAUCUCCUCCUCUGUUAUCUGGAGGCUUCUCAGUGGCGAGCUCAAAUGGGAAGCUGAUGGCCUUUGCCAAGUACAACUAUGAUGCACUGGGGAAGCGUAUUCGCCUGAGAGAGUUUGGAUCUUAUGGCAAUAAGAGCUUCCACUUUGAUGUGCUUCUGCUCUACAAUCAGGGUGUUCUGUAUAAGAUCAACUACAGGAACCAAACAUGUUGCAAGAAGGCGCUGAGCAUGGAAUUCCACCCUCUAGAGAUCCCAGAGAGCGCCAACCUGCUGGCACAGGAGGUGGUGGGCAGCUCUUCAGGUCCAUUUCAGGGAGUCCUGGUCAACACCUGGGCAGGGGAGAUGCAGCUAAAGAAGGGACAAGUGAAGUACAUCAGCUCUGUCACUCAGUUUGGAUGUGUUCCAGUCAGCACUCUGUAUCAUACGGAGAAAACUGGAUGGAUGGUGACCAGCUUCUACAACAAUGUAAUUGGAAUCACCGACCCUGGACACUUCAUCCCUCCAUCAUUCUGCAAGGAUGCAAAGAUGGAGAAAGAUGAUGGAGAGGAUCCGGUUGACUUCUAUGACUUAUUUUAAAACACAUAUGCGGGGCACUGUUAGGGAUGACUAAUGUUUGACUCUUUGCACUUUACUCAUCUUUGCUGUAACUUUUUUUAAAAGGCAGUCUUGUAUGGGUGGCAUUUAUUGACACUUUUUAUAUUAAUCAUAUUCAGUUCACUUGGAUUGAGCUAUCUGUAAUAUGAUUCUGUGUGUAUUUUUGAACUAAAAUAACCCAUGUAUUGUAGGUUUGAUAUGCCUUCAACUGUGUCUGUGUCUAAACGACUGAUGUAAGACACAUUUACUACAAAUCAAAGGGAAUAGAUGAGAUAUGCACUAUAUAAAUGAACUGUGAUUUAACACUAGAUAUUCAGUCAUGUUAAAAUGUUUUGUUUGAUCAAAUAUUUGUUUAGUAAGAUAUAUCUCCUUAAUGAAGCACUGAAUUUAUUCCUUCCAUCAGCUCCUGUUGUAUAGAAGUCCCAGUCUGCAAUUAUAAAUGAAGUUAAAACUUAUGAAGCACAAAUAAAACAAAGCAAUGCAUUCAUAAAA